ACGAUCGUGUAGGACCUACUGAAGAAGAACAGUUUAAAGCAUCACCAGAAAUUUGUUUAAGGGUAUUCAUAGACAUUAACGACUAUAUAGUAUCAACGUUGCUAAUAUAUGGCUUGCGGGAGAUUGGACACAACACGUAGUUGUCAGCGUCCGGUCACUGCCACGUCAAGUGGCGAUACAAGAUCAUUCAAAUCGCAUAUUGACAAAGUGCAAGAGACGAGUGUUAAAUACAGACUACGCUGUUGGUACCCUAUUGUUGAAUCAUCGGUACCACAAGACAAGGGCAGUUGGAAGCACAUAUGCAGACGGGCGACAUACGAGGAUGAUAGGCGAAUAAGAAACACAACAGGCCAAUCAGGAAGUAGAGUUUCAAAAGUACACAGAAAUGACGAAAAGAAAGAACAUGUAUUUGAAAUCUCCCAGACUGACAAUAAAUACGCCAUUCAAGAUGACCAGAAUUUGAAACUUUCAUUGAAGCGUCAUAAACAGACAAGAGCCCAGUCUGAUCAGGUGAUGCAAAGUCGAAAGCCCGAAAGGGAAAGUCAAAAGCAAGGCCUAAAGGUUAAACAUGUGGAUGACGAGAAACUUAAAAUGUUGACGUCUGUAUACAUGAAUGAUAGUGACCAACACCAACGGCAUGAGCGUCUAUUAAAUAGAAUAGAAGACAUUCAGAUCAGUGAUGCUAAACUUAAACAUGCGCAGACAAUUCAGAAACAAGAGGAGCAUAAAAGAAGUUGGAAACGCCAAGUUGACAGUUUAAGAGAAGUUCGUCGGAGAUUCGAUCAGGAGCAGACAGUAAGAUUUCAGACGCAGUUUGUAAGCUGGAAAAGUGUUGAAAAAUAUCGCUACAAAAAGAGUAACAACGGACUACCUGAUGUGCUUCCACCAUUUCAUUCAAAAGAUAAAGCUAUUGACCACCGACCUAUCUUUCGCCCAAUUGAGAGGGAAAAACUUCGAAUGCGCAACAAAAAAAGAUACAAACAUAUUUUGGAUCCCAGUAUCGGUAAUAGAAGAGUUAAAACCAGUGUUAGACGAAGUCAAGUGAAUUACAUACCCGAUAGGAGGAACACAUUGGUAGUGGAAGAUGCACAACAAGUAUUAUUUAACACAGAAUUGGAAAUGUCUCAACUGGAUGAUGUCAGCGAAUAGACAGAAUGUCUACGGUACUUUGAGUUCAUAAUACUUCAACAAGCGAAAACAACUUUUUUCGUCUUAUUCAAGUUCCUCACCAUUUUAUACCAUUAUUUUCCAUGCACGGGGACCACUCAGUUCUCAUAAACACUCUUUGCUACUAUUUUAACUAUCGUAUGUUUAUAAUCACUGUACUGUACUCUAGCUGUUCUGAUAUAAAGUAAUCAUCUAGAGUAUAUCGUUUACAAUUCUCCAUGUUUAAAAUAUGCCAAUUGUAGUAUUAGGCAUUGAAACAAUAAAAAAAUGCAAGAAACUUGUAGUAUUUCAUAUAAAAUAGGUCCAAUUUUAUUAUAAUUGUAUUUCGUCGCAAACUGAUUCAAAUAAAUCACAAAAUAUUUCCAUUUCAUUAUGUACAACAGAAUUAGAGAAUAUUCAACAGCAAGAGAAAAACAUUAAUAUUUUCAUUUCUUAUACAAUGUACAAUUAAAGAAUAAACAUUUUUUAUUGAACAAAUAAUACACUAAACUCACACACACGAACAUAUAAACACACCAAGGAACGGCACAUAGCUGUGUGGUGAAUAUCUCACUCAAGGUUGUUGAGUGUUUUUUUUUUUUUUUUGGAAAAACGUGGUCUUAAUAUGAAUGUAUUAGAUAUCUAUGUCCAUAAAAAUGAAUUAUCACAUAUCUGAAAAGAUGUAAAGAAAAAUAAAUUGACAGUCACAGUAAAAAUAAUAACAAGUGAUAGAUUUAUAAUGCACAUAUUUAUCAAGAUAUAUAUGUGCUUACUACAUUAUUAUCCCAGCCAUGGGGACAAAUGCCUAUGAAACAUACCAUAUAAUUGCAGCAGUAAUUAGCAUAUAGUGUUUGAACCUACCAGGUACCCACUUAAAGCCAUGGGUGGGGACAACCGUAAGUAAAGUGCCUUGCCCAAGCUCACAAGCACAAUUCAAUAAGGGAUUGACCUUCUCACCUCAAAUUUGAGAUCAAAUCUAAACCACGCUCACUUGAAAUAGCUUUGAUAAUUAUAUCAAUUAAUAGGUCUACCAAUAAUAAUAAUAUGCAAAAAUAUAAAUUUGGCAGAAAGAAGAUUUUUGAUAAGAAAAUACAGUAUUAUUUCAAUAUUUAAUAAAGAGGCGAAGGACGUCAAUUUUAAAUUGAUUCCAUUGAACAAAAACAAAAAACAGCGAACCCAUUUACAAUGGAGCAGGUGACAAGUAUUAGUUUAAAAAAUAAUUUCACAAACACCUGCAAACUUGUGCAACCCUUUUUCACCUCCUGAAAACAUGAAAUUUACACUCAACAAACAUUCAGAACAUGUAAGCGCCAUAAAACAUGCAGCAAGAACUUCACUGCUUUUUGGUGGGCUCUGUUUUUUGCGUUAAUAGCAUAAAUUUUACUUUGUUUUUCUUAUAAAUCACAAUAAAAUCAAUUCUUUUUUUUUGGUGAAACUCAUAUCAACGCUAACUAGGGUUGUAUAAAUUCACUUUGGUUUUAGUUAAUGACCCAAAAAUGUACCUAAAAUAUUCUUCAUUUAUACAUAACAUUUAUACAUAAAAGAUUUGUAUAUUUACACCCUUAUAAGUAGAUAUAAAUACAUAUAUAUAAUAUAUAUGUAUAAAUUUAUACAUAAUUAUAUAAUAUAUCCAUAUAUAUAUAUCUAUAUGAAUGCUGUAUUAUUGAUUAGAAUUAUAAAUCUUUAGAUGGGUAGUCGUUAUCAGUAUCUAAAAUAAACUAAAUAUUUAUAACAAAUUAAAAAAUUCAUAAUGUCCAUGUUGGUCACUGAUUCAAAAUUAACAUAAAAAUCUAGAAUUAAUGAGUACUGUUAAUAAUUUGAAAAUCUCAAAUUGAUUCUUAAAAAACAUCAACAAUUUUUGAUUUGGUCUUAAUAGAAGAAUUGCUAUCCUUCUUCAGAAUGCUUUCACAAUGCUUCGGAAUAACAUUAUACUCUACCUCAAAUAUUUAAAUCAUUGGUCCAACAUAUUAAUAAAUUCAUUACUUAAUUAUUACUUGUAUUCAAUUCUGAAUUGAUUAAGACUUCAUUAAAUGGAAAAUUUACAGUCAUCAAAAAUAGACUGCCAUUAACAUUUUAGUCAUUAUGGAGCAAAAUGGAAGUUCCCUUCUCUAUUAUCAGUCUCCAUUUUCUUUUUAUAGAAGUGAUUCAUGGAUAACAGGUUAAUUCUCUUUUAGAUAGGAAAACAUUAUCAACAGAUCAUCCAUCAUCACAGGCUGCAGAUAUCAUGUUAUUAUUUUUGACAUAUGAUUAAAAUUGCACAACCUUAGGCAAGACUUUUUUAUACCUUGCUUUGCGAACCAGCAGACUGCACCCCACAGAUUUUGAAUUUAAAAAUUGGUGACACAUCUGCAUUACAGAAAAAAAAAAAUGAAAUUUAUUUUUAUCACCCCUGCUUCCAUGAAAUAACCAAAAAUAAAAUAUAUAUAUUUUUUUUAACACAAUUUUAUAAAUACAAAGCAUUUAUCAAUUUGAUUAUUGAACUGUUUCCAUCGAAUAUCACAUGUUUUAUUACCAUGCGACUGUGUCACAAGUGAGGGCACCCUUUAUAACUUUUUUACA